AUGGCAUCUGCUCCUCUUGCGUUUGAUGCUGUCAUGGCGGAGACCGGAGGCCCUAUCCCCUCCGUGAGUGAUCUCUUGUCGGAUGACAGUCAUCAAUCUCCUCUUGCUAAGAAGGUUUGCACCGGAGAGGUUUCGUCCUCCGCGCAGCCUGUCCCUGUUCAGCCGUCUGAACCCGACGGUGGGUUGGACGACAUCACGCUCAACGCGGCUGACACAAGCUCCGCGCCACUCCCUAUGCUGAACGGCCCGCACCAACGACUGCGUCGUAACCGUGGUAUCGUGGGUGUGGUUGUUGAUUCGCUGACUCGUGAUACGCUCAACCUCGUUACGAUCAUCUUCCCUGACAGCCUUACUGAAUCUCACCGGAGCAAGAUUGUUAACCGUGUUUGGCUCGGACUUCGCCCUGCGCAGUUUCCGCACUCUGGUCGUGUCCCUAACUUUGAGUCAUUGGCUGGAGAGAUCCUGCGUCUCCCCCGUUGCUCCUACACGCGCCACAUCUUCCAGCUGCCGACGCGCGACGACGCGAGCAAAGCUGCUCGGGCAGACCUCCGUUCCCCUGGCAAUCAAGGCCGACCCCGCAUCAUUUACAUCGGCCUGGGAGACGAUAUCGAAACCUGGACCUGCACUCUGUGCGACUGGAGGAAUAGCGCUUUUGGUCUUCAAUCCUAG